UUCAAUUUCAUCCGUCGAUUGACCAUUGAUCAAUCAGUCAAUCAAUCAACCAUUGAUCAACUCAAUAGUCGAAUCAUAGGAGGAAAAUAUCGAAAUCUAGAAAUAUAACUAAUAAACUGAACAAGUCACAGCCCGUGCUUUUCGUGAAGAAAAAAACGAAAACGGAAAAAUGACAAGAAAACACAUAAUAAACGACACACACUGCAAACGUGAGAGAUAAUGAUGAAAUGAUAAACAUCAGACAAGUCAUGAUCCAUUUAACUACUUCCUCGUUUGGCGCGAUACGGCAACAACAAUCAUGUGGACAGAGUUUCAAAAUCAUCACAACAUCCGUAUCGUCGCUUUGAUUUGCAUCCAGGUGGCUAUUUUCGAAUCGGAUUGCUACUAUAUCGGGAUAAACAUCAACACAUAGUUAAGUUUACUUAUUAAUCUUUGAUUUCCGUCUCAUCGUUCAACGAAAAUUGAAUGGAAAAAACUGACGAGAAAGAGAGAGAAAUUUCUCACUCAAUGGAGAUUUCGUCGAAUGUCUUGCCAAACAAUAUCAAUGUUCAAUGUUCAUUUCAUUUCCGAUCAGUUGAUUGCCGAGUAAACACAUUUCAUCAAUGUUGCCCAAAUUAUCUCGAUUCUGUAUUGUGGCCAUUAUGGUCAUUCUGUUAUUCGAAAUGAACAUCAUCGAGGCAAGACGGUCCAAACAUUCGAAACGAGGUGGUAGUAGUAGUAGUAGUAGUAGUAGUAGUAGUAGUAGUAGUGGAAGCAGCAGUCACCACCGGUCUCAUAAGAGCAAAGGAAUCCGUCGUCGAAACGCCGAAUUACCGUGCAAAAAAGGAGCCGAAGGUGAAGUUGAUACAGUAUUCGGUCGCAUCAGUGGCUAUGGCAAUGUAUCCAGACCAUUCCCAACCAAUCAACAGGAAUUGAACGAUUAUUGCAAAGGACAGUUUUCCGAUAUUCGUCUGAUCGAAUCAUACGCUAAACGAUGUCAACAUGGUCUGCCCAAGCAAUAUUUCAACAUUCUCGUCUACACGAUCAAAGGAUCAAUGUCACGUAUCUGCAAAAAGAAUUCGAAAAAAGCACGGCAAUUUCUUUCGGCGUCUGGUUGCAUUCGACGAGCAUCCGAACAUUUCGACCAAUGUCACCGGAAUCUGAUUCAACGUCUACAUCGGAUCAAAUUCAGUGAAAACAAAAAGAAAAUUCCCUACACUUGUUGCGAAUACUACACACUACGGAAAUGUUUCCAAGACGGUGGCCGUAAUGAGGCAAAAUGUUCGGAUAAAGAAAUGGAAACGGUCGAAGAAUUGAUUGAAUCGACCAGUUCGAAUGCAUUGAAUUUCUUUUGUGGUGAAUAUGCCGAAGAUUCGGAUAAAUGCGAAAAACUGGGUCCAAUGCCCGAAGUGCCAUCAAAAUCGGGCCGAAAAUCGAGACCUAAAUAUCUACGAUCAAUAUCACUGACAGUGGCAGAAAUUUUCGACACAUUUCCCGAAAUUUCCACCCGAACCUGACAAAUUUGUCCUUCCUGUCACAAUUCGCACACAUACACAGAGAGCGAGAGAAUAGAAGUAUAGAAGUAUAGAAGU